AUGCUCUUCGUUGUCAACCCAUACGCAACUGAACCCGAGUACCUCGAUCCGGAGGACGCAUACGUCGAGUUCAAGCGUCGAGAAUACAUUGCAGCGCUCGAAGAACGACAACGUCGCGUACAGUUUGAACGUGAACUCGAGCGCGAGGAACAACGACACAGGCUCGCGCUCGCCUCGAUUGCGCGUCAAGAGGCUGAACGUCGUCGGCGCGAGCAACAAUACCAAAUCCAGCGACAACGCGAGUUGCAACAGCUUCAGCAGCUCGCCGCUCGUGAACAAACUCAGCGACGACAACAGCUCCAGCCCGAGCAACGACCUAGUCGAGAGGAGAUCCUGACUCGUCGCCGGGCACUCCAAGAGGAAGAAGAGAGACGUAGUCGCGAACUUCACAAGCAAAUUCUCUCCCGCAUCUUUGGCGUCCCAGUCGAUGACGACGGGAAUGAGGUCAACCAAGCAGAAUCGACGUCGGCAAAGAAACCUUCGCCUCCUACCGAACAGACUGGCGCGAAGAAGCAGACCGCCGACGCCCCUCCAACGAAGGCUCCAGAACCAUCCCAGGCACCAAAAUCUACGGAGCUAUCACCACCUACCGAAGCUGCAUCCGAAUCACCUGUAGAUGCAGAUGUAGAUGCGCAUUGGUCAAACGCACCCGAACGAGCACGCGCUUUGGCAGAGAUCACAUCGUUGGGUCGCAUCUUUGCAGCCCUCAAGAAUACCUUUGUCUUCCCGGAAGGCCAACUUGAACGACUCGCUGGAAGUGACACUCCUCGCCUCGCUUAUAACUCUACCAACGCCACAAUCCAUGCUUACGAACAUGCUUUGUCCGAAUUGCUCUCUAAACUCGAUACGAUCGAAAGCCAUGGAUUCAAGGGCGUGCGCGAGGCACGCAAGCAGCUCGUCACCAGCAUCGAACAAGAGUUGAGCCUACUCGAGGAAAAGGUUUCGCAACGUCUCGCCAGUGUCGACGUCCCUGCCGCUCCACAAGAGAUUUCGAUUCCAAUUGAAGAAGUGACGACUCAUAACACGGAAUCUUCUAAGAUUGAAGAGGCACCAAUUCAGGAUGUCGUCCAGGACACGGCUCCUCGAGAGGAUGCUCCUGAGGAUCCUGCUGCUCCAAAGGAAGUUUCGAUUUCAAUCGAAGGAGCAUCGAAUCUCAGCGAGGUGCCCUCCAAGCCUCAAGAUACGAUCGCUCAGGUCGUCCAGGGUGAAGCGCCAGCUUCCACGACUCAAGAAGUUUCUUCAGCACCCGCGGAGCGAGUCCAGCCAUCGGUCACGGAACAAGAGCCAACAACUAGCACCACGGAACCAGUCGGAGAAUCAUCGAGGAAUGUCGAUGCCACCGAGGAAGCACCAGAAGAUCAGGCCGUUUCGGACAUUCGACCGAACCGGGAAGCGUCUGCAGAGGAUGAUCCUGACGUGACCCGCAAUCAAGAAGGAGAGGUGACGGUCACCGAACGUGCGCCGCCAGAGUCACCGGCGGAUGAUGUUCCUGAUGAUGGUGAAGACUCUGAAGUUGAAGAUGCCGUCCAAGUGAUGCUCGAGCCGCAGCGGACCGCGGUGCCCGCUGGAGAGGAACAUGAGUACGAGCUUGUGUAG